CUUUCCUAGUUGGACAUUUUUGUCUGUAAAUCUUUUUUUUUUCUCUGCCUUGCUCGUUAAUCUUUAAUACUUUAUUCAAUCAGUCAGCAUUUCGGCUUGUUAAAGUCGAAGUUAAUUAGCAUUUGGCACCGAAAAAAAAAAAAAAAACUUUUAACUAGUCGCUUUCCUCUUUUCCCACUUCUAUUUAAAGAAAAAAAUUCCACUAUUGGACUGUUUCUGUACCAACUUUUAGCUUUGAAUUCCCCUAAUUUCUUGUUUAUCAAGGCCCCCACAACUCAUUUUUCAUUCAUAGAUCCGAUAUUUCCUCAAUAUUUAAGUUUAUAAAGUUCCUAUCUUGAUGGGGUUUUGGAUUUUUUUUCUUGUAAUUUGCUAAAAAAAAGUUUAAUUUCGUUUUGGGGUUCUUGUUUCUUGAUGAUUUAUUUCGACUUAGAUUAUAAGAUUUCCACGCCAAGUCCUUCAUUUUCUUACUCAAUAUCAUCAAAUUUUCUUACAUCUGAUAUUUUCUUGAUAAAGUGUGUCAAUUGUUUUCAUUUUCGUCUGAAAAAUUGUUUUUGUGAUUCUUUUUGUGGGGGGGAAAUGGGGGAUCGUUUGAGGUCAACUUCAAUGGAGGAUUUGCCAACACAUUUGAUUCUUGAAAUAUUGAUGUCGGGUCGAUUAGCUGUUAUUGAUUUAAUAAGUUUAGAGCUAACUUCAAGGACUUUUAGGGGAACACAUGGAUUGUUUCCUAAAAAGUUCAAGUCUUUGGUAGAUUAUGCUGCUUUUCAGCUUUGUGGAUUGAGUCCAAUCUAUGCUUCUCUGCGUUGUAAUGCUCAGGAAGAACUAUUGAAGCGAUGUAACUACAAUUGGAAGCGUCUUUUGAGGUUCUUGCAGGCUGUAGAACAGUCCUCUGAUAUGGUUGAAACCUCUGCAGGCAAUAUGCAAAUAAGGAGUGGCAGGUAUCACACACUGCUAAUCAAUGAUUCAGCAGCAUACUCUUGUGGUUCCAGUUUAUGCGGCGUCCUUGGUCAUGGGCCUGAAGCAACUCAGUGUGUGGAAUUUACUCGAAUUAGCUUUCCUGUUCCAGUACAAGUUGCCCAAGUUUCAGCUUCUCAUAAUCAUGCUGCUUUUGUCACAGGGUCUGGACAGGUGUUCACAUGUGGAGAUAACUCAUCAUACUGUUGUGGGCAUAGCGACACCGGACGCCCAAUCUUCAGGCCAAGAAUGGUUGAAGCAUUGAAAUAUAUUCCUGUCAAGCAGGUUGCUGCAGGUCUCAGUUUUACUAUGUUUCUCACUAGGAAAGGUCAUGUUUUCACAUGCGGAACUAAUGGACAUGGUCAACUUGGUCAUGGUGACACAUCGGAUAGGCCAACACCGACACGCAUAGAACUGCUCGCAUCUAUUGGUUCUGUAGUUCAGAUUGCUGCUGGUCCUAGUUAUGCACUUGCGGUGUCUGAUGAUGGGACUCUGUACUCUUUUGGUUCGGGUACUAAUUUCUGCCUUGGUCAUGGAGAACAGCAGAAUGAACUUCAGCCACGUGCAAUCCAGUCGUUUCAGAGGAAGGGCAUUAAUGUGGCACGUGUUUCUGCUGGCGAUGAGCAUGUUGUGGCACUGGAUUCCACUGGAUAUGUCUAUACUUGGGGGAAAGGUUAUUGUGGUGCAUUGGGGCAUGGUGAUGAGAUUGAUAAGACUACUCCAUCACACUUGACCAGCCUUAAGAGCCAACUAGCAGUUCAGGUUUGUGCAAGCAAGAGGAAAACGUUUGUCCUGGUGGAUGAUGGUUCUGUUUAUGGCUUUGGCUGGAUGGGCUUUGGUAGCCUCGGAUUCCUUGACAGAGGAGCAUCAGAUAAAGUUUUGAAGCCACGGAUCCUAGAGAGCUUGAGAUCCCACCACAUAUCUCAAAUUAGCACUGGCUUAUACCACACCGUUGUUGUCACAAAUUGUGGACGAGUCUUUGGAUUUGGAGACAACGAAAGAGCCCAACUUGGGCAUGAUGCAGUAAGGGGCUGCCUUGAACCUACUGAAAUGUUUAUGGAGAAAUCAAGCAUUGAGUAGUACUCAAGUGCCAUAGUACAUGUUACUAAUGUAUAUUGACUGGACAAAUGUUGUUUGUAGAGCGUUUCAAAAAUGACUUAAAUUUUAACCUCCUUAACGUUUUUGUACCUCUACUAAUUAAUGUCAAUACAUCAAAUAAGAACAACAGGAAAUUGAUUUGGGGAAUGGUUCACUUUCAGUCGCAUUGGCCCUAGCUCGAAUUGCAGCUUUUGACAUAUCCUCUGCAACAAUUAUAAGAU